UUUUCAAUCAUCAAAUUGUAUGGGGGUUUUUUUCUUCUAAAAAGACUGCAGUUGGUUUAUUUUCAUUUCAUCAACUGAGCACUGCGAAGGCUAGCUAUGAGCUGCUGGCACCUGAAUCGGGGAGGACUGGCUUGUGGUAAUAAUUGAGCGGAGCCACGUUUACAGUCUCUCAUCCCAGUGGAGACUGGGCAGGGCAUCACCUUCGACGAGUUCCGCUCCUUCUUCCAAUUCCUCAACAACCUGGAGGACUUUGCCAUCGCCAUGCAGAUGUACAACUUUGCCAGUCGCUCCAUUGGCCAAGAUGAGUUUGGGCGGGCUGUGUACGUGGCCACGGGCCUGAAGCUGACACGUCACCUGGUCCACACCAUCUUCAAGAUCUUUGACGUGGACCACGACGACCAGCUGAGCUACAAGGAGUUCAUCGGCAUUAUGAAGGACCGGCUGCACCGCGGAGGGAGGGUGAACAGGAAACAACAUGCCUCCUUCCCCAUCUGCCUGCGUGCCGAGGCCAGGAAACAGGUCCGCCAACUCUAGAGGAGGUUCCAGGCUAGGGUUUAAAGAAGGAGGAAGAGGAUGAUGACAAGAGGAAGAGGAGAAUCCAGGCUAGGGUUUAAAGAAGGAGGAACAGGAUGAUGAGAAGAGGAAGAGGAGGACGAAGAAGUGGAGGAAGAUGAGGA